AUGAGUGACUGCGGCUGCUCAACCUCGGGAACGUGCACCUGCCCCAAGGGCCAGUGCACAUGCACCAACUGCCCUCACCCCAAGGAAGACAAAUAA